AGCUCCGCGCCGCUGCUGCGUCUGUGCGCUCCGCUCCGUCUCCGCUGCCUUAUCAGGGAGGAGCGCACCUUGUGUGGCUCAGUCGAGUCCCGGCUCUCCACCGUGCGUAAUGCGGAUCUUCCCCUGCACCGGACACCGUAGAGACCACAGUCUCAUCUGCAAACGGCCAACAAGCGGCUCAGUUCAUGGAUUGUUUUAACGCGGGGGUCGUUUCUCAUUCCAGAAGACUGAUUUCAUCCGUGGACAUAUUUUUACUUUUCCGGUCGGUAGUUUCCAAAGUGAACAAACCUUAGAAAUGUUUCUGAUGCUCAUCUGUGGGAGCUCGUGCUUGAAACGGAUGACCACAUUACUUCACGUGGGUCUGAUCCUGCAGCUGGCGGCGUGGGAAACGACAGAGGCCAUCCACCCGGACUGCGCCCUGGUGGUUCAGCACAUGAAGGCUCAGGAAGAAUGCAACCGGAUCCUCAAACAGGAGGAGAAGAACCACUCCAACAGGACAGGCUGUCCAACGGCGUGGGAUGACAUUCGUUGCUGGUAUCGUGCUGAGGUGGGACAGGUGGUCAACGUCUCCUGUGCCAAUGUGUCCCAGCUGUUUGCUAAUAACCAAGGUUACAUCUACAGGAACUGCACCGAGGAUGGAUGGUCCGAGCUCUACCCUUCCUACGAGGAGGCCUGCGUGUUCACAGAGUAUGAAGUGUCAGAACCAGAGACAACGUACUUCUCCAACUUUAAGCAGGUGUACACCGCCGGCUACGCUACCUCCCUCAUCUCUCUCAUUUCGGCUAUUUUUGUCUUCACUGUGUUCAGGAAGUUUCACUGCACCAGGAACUACAUCCACAUCAACCUGUUCUUCUCCUUCAUCCUGAGAGCGAGCGCUGUCUUCAUUAAAGAUGGCGUUCUUUUUUCUGAUGAAAACCUGGACCACUGCUUCAUGUCGACUACAGCCUGUAAAUCAGCCGUGGCCUUCUUCCAGUUCAGCAUCCUGGCCAACUACUUCUGGCUGCUGGUGGAGGGAAUGUACCUGCAGACGCUGCUUGCUCUCACCUUUGUCUUCCAGAAGAAGUACUUCUGGUGGUACAUACUCAUCGGCUGGGGUCUCCCAACAACGAUCAUAAUGGCGUGGAUCCUCACUCGCAACUUCUAUGAUAACAAGGGGUGCUGGGAUGACACAGAUGUGGCUUUCAUCUGGUGGAUCAUAAAAGCUCCAAUAACUGCAUCACUACUGGUGAAUUUCAUCAUCUUCAUCAAUGUGAUCCGUAUUCUGGUCCAGAAGCUGAGAUCUCCAGGCGUCGGUGGCAAUGACACCAGCCACUUUAAGAGGCUGGCCAAGUCCACCCUGCUCCUCAUCCCUCUGUUUGGGAUGCACUACAUGGUGUUUGCCUUCCUGCCAGAAAACACCGGAGCAGAGGCUCGAAUCUUCAUCGAGCUCGGUCUGGGAUCCUUUCAGGGAUUUGUUGUGGCCCUGCUCUACUGUUUCCUGAAUGGCGAGGUGCAAGCAGAACUGAAGAAGAGGUUUUGGAAGUGGCAGACUCAGAGUUACCUGAGCUACAGCAAACGGCGGCGUACGUUGUUCACCGAGAGCAGCACGGUCACUCAGAUAUCCGUCCUGGACAAAUCCAGCCCCAAAGAUCAGCCGGCCUCAGAGACACACACCCUCACACCCAGCAACGUCUCCACUGUCUGAGUCACAUCCUUCAUCUCCCUGCGUCACGACACCCGCUUUGUAUUUGGACGUCGUCCUGAGCAAGUGACUAAACCACAGAGCUCAAUUGUUGAAUGUUUAAGGUACCUCGUAACUGUGUACGAAUUAUCUACAGAAUCCCACAUGUGCUGACAACUUUACAGGUGUUAACUUUAACUUUUUUCAUUCACAUCUUUCACAUGAUAUUCAUUAUUUUUCAACUUACUUUAGUAUUGGCCGGCAGAGAGGUCACAUAUUUUAUUGCCCUUUGUGUUUAUCAUAGGUCCGAUUUUGCUUUCGGGGCCUUCCUCCACAGCUUACUCAAAACCACCAAAUCAUUUCUCCCGUUUUACAAAACGGGAGAAAACACCAAUAUCACAACAAGUACACGAUGAAUGUGGCUUCAAAACAUUGUCCUUUUAUUUCUUUUAGAUAUAUCAAAUUUAUAAAAGGUUUAUUCUGUCGCACCUCCACCGGGUCCAAAUCCUUUUCGCAUUUUUUCUCAUGCUAAGCUGUUCAUAAGGGAAAAUGAACAUUUACUAAAUAGAUUUUCCUUUGUUGUGGUCUCAAGUGGCCCGAAGACGAACAACAAUCAGGAGGAGUAGGCACAGGAGAGGUUAGUCACUUACUUCUUGCAGCUGUGAGGUUAAUUAUUGGAGUCUUUUUUUUUUUAUGUUUACUGAGUUUAAACAUGGAACAGCACAACACACAAUAUCCUCAAAUCCCAGAUAGCCAUACAACAUAACCCAAAAAGGGAAAAAUAAUUUAAUUGGAUAAACAAAAAUAAUUUACAUUUACAGAAAAGGGGGAUUAACAAGUAUGUUAAUUAAUUCUAUGGAAUUAAGUAAAGUAUUGUUUCAAGUCCACUAUUUGUAUGUGAGUUUUAGGGUAACCUAAAAUAGAUGAACAUUAGACCAUGGACUCUCCAGUUUGAGAGGAUUUGUCUGAAUGAAUCCCCUCUGAGUAAAUGUUAUUUUUAGGUCUGAAGAUAAAGUCUUGAUAUUCAAUCAAUGAUCCAACACUAUAAAUCACAAUCAAUCAAAAUGGCCAACUCUGUUUCUUCCUGUGUUCUUUUAUAACAAUGUAAUAAAAGUUUAAAUAUUAUAUUCCUCCUUACACUGGGGACCCCUGUUGGUCUCCAGUUUGAAUAUCACUGCUGUAGACGGCCUAGAGGAGAGAAGACUUGAUGGAUCUUAGAUAGAGCCUCGUCAGAUGAGAAUAUUUUUCAAAAACUUGGAGCCACAUCCAUAUUUAUACAUAUGCACAUCAAUGGGCUGUCUGGCCAUCAGUCCACUCACAUUUCAGAUACAUAAGUACAUUUUAAAGAUGUUUUAUGGCAGUGAGUUUGCUAUUUUUUUUUCACUAAUGCCUGGCAUAUACUUUAGUCCCUGAAAGAACAUGAUGUUCACACGGCUCUCUCACAAUAUUUAGAUCACCACUUAUGCACUUAAUGCUGCUUGAACCUGCAGAUCUGUAUUUCAUUUUCCAAUCUUUUACUUCAUCAAUUAGUGCCAUUCUCCAGAAUUUGGACCUCUGUGUCAUUCUUGCUGUCAGAUUCAAUGAUCUCUUGAACCUUGGUACUAUAAUUUAACCAUAUUUCAGAGAGAAUUCUUAUAAAAUUAAACCUUCUUCGUUUAAUGAAAUGUGCCCAAGUUACCUACCAUCAGUGGCUCUGCAUGCAACAUGUUGCACAGUGCACUAGGGCACAUCUGGAGCACCAGACUGUAAAAGCUAUUUAUUUGUCAAAUUAUUGUUUUUAUGUUUUUUUUUUUGUGUGAAUGUAAAUAGAAUUGAACUAGAGUUUACAUGUAUUUUAUGACAACAGUACAGUUCCUCCAACAGAUUUAUAAACCAUAUUAAAGCAACUUGUUACUGUAAAAAAAAGAAGAAUCAUAAAUAAUAUAUAAAAAGGGAUUUAACAACUUACUUUGAAACAGAUAAGUUGGUAUUUAUAUUUAACACAUUGUUUGGUAUCAUACAUGUAAGUUUUAUUCUUAUACGCUGUAAUAUUGCAAAAUGUGGAGAUAAUUAUACUUUACAUUUUCCUAUUUGUAAGCAUAGGUUUAGUGAUUGCUGUGCUAAUGCUAAUGCUAAUCCAGAACCUGUUUCCUCUGAGAAAUAAUUUGUGAGACUACAUGAGCUGUUUUCAAGUUGGCUCGCAGUAUGUGUGUAUCUAUGCUUUGAAUUUUUCUCUUUUGACUUGCAGCUAGCAGGUUGAGUACACUGUUAAUGUAUGUGUAGGUACAGUAUUAUUCAUGGAAGGAAAUAUUACAUUACUCAGCUACUGACCACUACAGUGCCUUUCUCAUAAAGUAAAACUCACUCUUUCUCCGCAGUUCACCUACAGUACGGUCCUAAUCUGUGUAAGAAAAUUAUAUAUUUAAGAUUAUGAAACUAUACCAUGUACUUGAGUCUUUGCUGUGCAGCAUAACAGAUGUGCUUCUGUGUUGUGUCAGAUUCAAGACGUGAUAGGAAUUGUGCUCAAAUGACAAAAACAAAGCUUUCAUCCAAUUUGAAAUUGUGCAGCGAGGAAGUGAAGGAUGAUAUUAACUGAGCAUGUUUUGAUGUGGUGUUUUUGAAAGAAAGCUUUUCAUGUUGUGUCUGGACUUUGCUUUUUUAGAUUACAUCCACUUACAGUGUUAUUUCUCCUUUCUUACUUGAAAGAUGAUGUUUUCUUUUACAGGUUCCGGUUUACUACAUGAAUGCAAGUUUCUCAUUUUGGUGUUUUCUUAUUUGAGCCGGGGGCGAACAUUACAGGAUAAGGACGGUGAUUGUCUGUUUUUUUUCUUAUUGUCAACAUUGCAUGAAAAGACCAAAACCAACAGUGUGUUAUUCUGUUUCACAAAACUCUUUGAGGCUGUUUUUUUUUCAUCAAAUUUGCUCUGGCUCUUGAACCGGUUUUGUUAAAGAUUCUUAAACUCGAGUUUCCACCAGCUUUGAGUGGAACCAUUGUAAUCAAGGACAGAAGGCGUUGCACAACGACCUGUAGAAUAUGACACACCCACUUUGGUUAAUAAGGAAAACCAAAUAUUUUGUGGUUCCAGCUGGAAACCAACUUUGGUGUGAGGUGCUGAGUUUUGGAGAUAUCAGUCUUCCAGUUUAAUGGAACCAGACAGCACUAUAUGCGUAGAUGGCGCUCUCUUCUGCACAUGGAAAGAAAAUAGUUCCUACAUAAAACUGCUCACAACAAGAGCUGUGGAUUAUCUUGAGUAACCCAGUAAUGAUUAUAGUUUGAGUUUUUUAAAUGUAUUUUUUGCCGUUUUGAGCAUGACAAGCUGAGUACCAUCUGGUUCCAUUAUAUUGGAGAGAAGGCAGACAUAUUUUCGCCAAAUCUCCAAAACCCAGCAACUCACAUCAAAGAAUCUAGAUGGGUUUAAAGCACAACAGGUAAGAAGAAAAAGAGGUUUUGGAGUCCCUUUAAGCCAGAAGACUUUAAAAUAUUUACCACACACAACAACAUUGAGCCAACAAGUUAAAAACAUUUAUUGUCGAUACUUCCAUAAUGUACAAAAAAACCCUUCUAAUGUGCACACCGAAACGAGAUAAAAUAGUGCACUGUGCAGUUAAAGAGAUCAAAUGAAAACAAGAGGAGCUCAUGAGCAGACAGAAGCAGGCAAGUUACUUUUACAUUCAGCCAUCAGUAUGCAAACUGCUAAGCCCCAUUUUAACAUUUAUUUUUUUUUUUUUACCUCUAACUGAUUAAAACAGGCAAUCGGUACAGUGAAGCAAUUCAAUAAAGAUAACCACCAUCAAAAAGCUAAAAAGAAAAACAUUUGAAACCAAAGCUCUUGUCAUGCUUUGCUGUAAAAACCAAUAAGAACCAAUAGAGUCCAGCAGUUUUUGUGGCACUUUACUUUUCCUCAUGUCUGCAAAGAUUAACAUUCAAAGGAAAAGUAUUCAAUGGGACUAGAGCUACAGUUUGAUGAAUCGUUCACAGUUGAAACCCAAUAUCCGCAUUCCAGCUUAUU